UUUUCAUGGCAAUUUCCUGGCAUCUUCCUUCAUCCAAAAAGCCAAAGUCAAGUUUACACUGCUUUGGAAAAUUUGCACUAGAGUGAGAAAAAAGACGAAGAGAGAGAAAUCGGAAAGCCAAAAAAAGAAAAAAAGAAAAAAAAACUAGAGUGAGAGAGAAAAAUCAGAAAGAAACAACCGAUUCUUGCUCGUUUGCUCUUGAUUCGAUUUGUGUGUUGCAACCAUGUCUCCUUCUUUAUCGACCCCAACAUAUGAAUAUGAUGUUUUCGUUAGUUUUCGUGGAGCAGAUACCCGCACAAGCUUCACCGCCCAUCUCUUGGCCGCUUUAGACCGUAAAAGUAUUCGUGUCUAUAAAGAUGACAUAAACCUCCCAAGAGGGGAAGAGAUUGGGCCUGAGUUGUUGAAGGCAAUUGAAACAUCAAAGAUUGCAGUUGUGGUGUUUUCUAAAAACUAUGCUACUUCGGAUUGGUGUCUGGACGAGCUGGUGAAGAUCAUGGAAUGCAAAAGUGUGUUAAAUCAAAGGGUGCUGCCUAUUUUCUACGAUGUAACUGAAUCCGAGAUGCUAGAACAGAAGGGGAUUUUUGCAGAGGCUCUUUCCAAUGGCCCUGAAGAGAAGGUGGAGAGUUGGAGGGCCGCUUUGACGGAAGUUGCAAACUUGGCUGGCUUUCGUUUGGAACCAUAUCGUCCAGAGCCAGAGUUUAUAGAGGAAAUUGUUGAAGUCAUUUGGAAAAGACUAAAAGGGAAAUCAUCCACCGUUCAAUCCCGUCGUCAGAUUGAUAAUCCCGGUGUCGGUGUCGGUGUCGGUGUCGGUGAAGACUCUUCAAUAAUCAUCUCGCAAAAUGAUGCUUCAUCUGUUCAAAAUGCUAUUGCUGAGUGGAGUCGUCUUUUUUUUUUUAGCCUUAUAUAGACAUUUUGUUGUACUUAUUGUUGCCACUGUCAGUAGAUAGGCCCCAAAAACAUUGACGUGGAAGCGGGGCCCUCUGACGUUACUUUUGAUUCCGACUAAAAGACUUUCUAGUUUUUUUAUUUAUUUAAAAUCUCAGACGUUGCGUGCGGAGCAGUAAGACAUUAAAAGAGUCACAAGUCUGAAGUCUUCGUCUUCAACAGGUACAAGCCGAAUAUUCCCUUCCAACUCCUUUGCCUAGUAAGGAUUGCAAGUGAAACCUAUUCCUCCCCCAGUCGAUUUAUCCCAUUCGGCUCCUUUCCCUGCUUUACUCAUUUUAGCUGUUACAUUUUAUGUCGUUGUCGUCGUCGUCGUUGUUGUUGUUGUUGUUGUUUUUU